CCCUGCUUCAGGCAUGACGCCGCUCCACUUGGCGUCCUGGGGCGGGCACGCAGAGGUCAUCAAGGUCCUGCUUGGCGGAGGCGCAAAGGGUGAUGCAAGGACCAAAGAAGGCAUGACGGCGGUCCACCUGGCGAGUAUGGGCGGCCACGUGUCCUCGAUGGAGGCGCUGACGCCCACGUGUGACAUCCUUUCAGUCACUCGCGAAAGGAAGUCGGCGCUCCACCUGGCGGCCGAGUACGGAAACUUGGGCGCUGUCGAAUGGCUGCAUCGACAAGGGCUUGACUCUUCUUUAAAGGAUCAUUCAGGCCAGACGCCUCUCCAGUACGCAAAGGACGAGGGGCACAAGAAGGUGGUGGAGUUCCUCAAACGCCAUGAUCAACAGACCCUCAACCGGCGUUGGGAAAAGCAACGUUCACCAGAAGCACUUGCACAGGGAGCUGGGACUAGGGAUGAGGAGGCAGUGAGGAAACCCCUCGACCAGAGAGUGAACCCUGAGAGACCAGGCGACUUGGAAGGAGAGAAAGGGAGCCCAGACUUGCACACCGCUGCUUCUGUGGGUCACGUGAAUGUCAUGCGGGACCUCCUGAAGGCGGGAGCUCCAAACGACACGAUUAACGAAAUGGGUCUUCAGGCUGUGCACUGUGCGGCGAAGGGCGGCCACAUCGAGGCGCUGAAGCUCCUGAAGGAGAGUGGAUGCGAUUUAACGACCAGGACACCCCAAGGCGCCACGACCCUCCACUGCGCGGCCGAGGGCGGGCACGUGGCGGCGGUGCAGUGGCUUCUCGACCACGGCAGCCUCAGUCUCGAUUCCCUCAACAACGACGGAGACACUGCCCUCGAUGUGGCUCGAAAAAACGGCCAACAUACCGCCACCGCCCAUUUGCAAGAGGCCAAACACCAAAGAGACAUGAAGAAGCUGCAAGAUGAGAUGAAGGAGAAAGAACAAGAGAAUACAAGACUGGCUGCAGAACUGAAGAUGAAGAAGAACUCGAAAAGAUCAGUCUCCCAGCUCGAAUCCGGCACCAAAGGUCCGAGAUUAGACAGGGCAUCCACUCGGGGCAAUGGCCGCCACCUGCUAGAGCCAAAGUCCUUCGAAAGAAGGCACCUUCCUAGCCCUUCCGAGGCCAAACACGAAAGAGACAUGAAGAAGCUGCAAGAUGAGAUGAAGGAGAAAGAACAAGAGAUUACAAAACUGGCUGCAGAACUGAAGAUCAAAGAAGAACUGGAAAAGGAAUGCUACGGUUCCUUUCGAGAGCGGAUGUUUAUUGCCAUGCGAAAAGAGAAAGCAGACUAGCACCUGCGUACGCCCAAGGAGAAAGGCGGCUGCUGGACAAAGGAAGAAAUGAAGAAAUUGCAAGCGAUGUUGAAGAGCAAAGAUG